CUCCAGCCGCGUGAAUGACCCGCUGGCAGCAUGCGCUCCUGGCCGAACCGAACUGACUGUCUCUCUCCCGUUAACUGCAGCUGGGAGGAGAACUACUACUUUAACGGGAGCUACCGGGGUCCCGUGCCCCCCGAAAACCUCUUCCCCAUCCCAGUUCUAAUGGGAAUCACCAUCACCUGUACUCUCCUGUUCCUGGCGGGAGUGACCGGAAAUGUAAUGACUAUACUGGUCGUUUCUAAGUACAGAGACAUGAGAACAACCACUAACCUCUACUUAUGUAGCAUGGCUGUCUCAGACCUGUUGAUAUUCCUCUGUAUGCCCCCUGAUGUGUAUCGGUUAUGGAAGUACAGGCCAUGGAUAUUUGGAGAUACAUUCUGUAAGCUGUUUCAGUUUGUUAGUGAGUGCUGCACGUAUUCAACCAUUUUGAAUAUAACCGCUCUGUCCGUGGAGCGGUACCUGGCCAUCUGCUUCCCACUUCGCGCCAAACGCCUGGUCACCAAGCGACGCGUCCGUGCGCUCAUCAUCUUUCUCUGGCUCGUGUCGCUGUUGAGCGCGGGACCUGUCUUCGUUCUGGUGGGAGUGGAGCACGAGACUCGCCCAGCGGCGGGAAACUCUGUGACUGCUGGUGGGGCGGAAGGACAGACAGAGAUAGACACUAGCGAGUGUAAACCCACCCAGUACGCGGUUGAGUCUGGGCUUCUAGCCGCCAUGGCGUUGGUUAGCUCUGUGUUUUUCUUCCUGCCGGUCUUUUGUUUGACUGUGGUGUACAGUUUGAUUGGACGAAGGUUGUGGAAGAGACGGAGAGAGAACAAUAUUGGAGCUAACGUAGCACACAGGGACAAGAGCAACAGACAGACCGUCAAGAUGUUAGCUGUAGUGGUCUUUGCCUUCGUCCUGUGCUGGCUGCCUUUCCACUUGCAUCGUUACCUUAUGUCCCAUUCCUCCGAGGGCUCCUCUCCUCUCUGGUCUCUCUUCACCCAGUACUGCUCCCUUGUUUCCACUGUCCUCUUCUAUCUCUCGGCUGCCAUCAACCCUGUCCUCUAUAACACCAUGUCUAGGAAGUACCGGUCAGCUGCUGCCCAACUGUUUGGUCUACAGGAGACUCAACCACCCAGAGGGAGAACAGCAAGCACUGUCAAAGGAGAGAGUUCACCUGCCUGGACAGAGUCCACUGUUAGCCUGUGACUGUAGCCAAUUUGGAUGGUGAAUGGGCGCUAGAUAUAUACUUCUCUGAUUUUGACAUGUAGUUGUUGUGAUCAAACUCUUCUUGUGUGUUUCUCAUCAGUGACCACUGCUUUCCCUGGUUGAUUAAACUCAAACAGGCACCAUUAUGGACCAUCAAGGAUUCAUUGGUCUGUAAUCCAAGAGAGCACCGGCUUACGCAUAACGUCCAUGAACGUUGAUUAUUGAUUGAAAUUUGGUCAGUCCGCCCUGCCCUUGCGUUUAACAUAUUAAUUGAAUUAGCCUCAAGGACUCUGAAUAAGACUGUCGCUUUGAUGUCACAACUCGCCCGGCAAAGACAGACAAAGGAGUUUGAGAAGAUGUUUUAUAAAAUAUUUAUAAGGUGUUUCUGUCACCCAAAAAGAAGCACACCAUUAGCAACAAAAACUAUUAAGCGGCUCUUGAAACAGACACCUAUGUAUUUUCUACAAAUCACACAUGCAACACACAUGCACACACACACAAACCAAAAUAGUUAUUACGCUUGCCUUAACUGAUAUGUGAACUGUAUUCUGGAUGACAAAGAAAAGCACUGUAGACCGUGAUGCACUUCUCUGUACCCUGAGAGAGAGGGACUGAAGUACUGUGUGUGUGUUUGUUUAUGUUGAGUGAUUGGGUGUGUUGGGGUAUGUGUAUUUAUGGUGAGUGACGUCGUGUGUUGGUGUGUGUGUGUUUAUGGUGAGUGACUGUGUUGGUGUGUUUGGCAGUGUGUGUAGAUAUAGGUAACAUUUUUUUUGCUAUAAUAGCAUGUACAGUAGGCUAAUUAUACCGCCAGCCUUACUCUGUAAAUAGCAGCUUAGUAACAGUUCAAUCUGAUUGGUAUUAGUCUUGGCUUAUCCUAUAAGUACUUACAAAGCAGCCACUGCCUUGGACUCCAGAAUUCUGACAUGGCAACCAGGACUCAGAGCAUUUCAUGUUAUUCUGUACAUAAAUCCGAGACACUCCAUUUAGUAUAAUAUGUUAUGGUUCAUAUGGUAUGUAUUCAUUUGUGGAUGUCCAUCAUCCAUUUCAUAUGAUAUGUUAUGAAUUAGAAUUCGUAUUAUAUGUUACAAAUUUGCUAAACGUACAAUAUGUUAUGAAUCUGAAACACGAAUCUGCAAUAUAUACAAUAUGCUCCGAAUUUGCAUAACAUAUGAUAAGUAACGAUUUGUAGCUAGGUGGCUAAUGUUAGCUUGGCUAGGGAUUAAGGUUAUAGUUACGUUUAGGAGUUAGGUUAAAAGGUUAGGGGAAGGGUUAGCUAAAAGGGUUAAGGUUAGGCUUAUGAGAAGGGUUAGCUAAAAUGCUAAGUAGUUGCAUAGUACCUAAAAAGUAGUAAGUAGUUGAAAAGUUGCUAAUGUGCUAAAGUUGUCCAUCAUGAGAUUUGAACUUGCAACCUUUGGGUUACUAGACAUCUGCAUUAUACAUGUACUCAUCAUCCUACAGUGCAUUUGGAAAGUAUUCAGACCCCUUGACUUUUUCCACAUUUUGUUACAUUACAGCCUUAUUCUAGAAUUGAUUAAAUUGUUUGUUUUUUCAUCAUCAAUCUACACACAAUACCCGAUAAUGACAAAGCAAAAGCAGGUUUUUAGAAAGGUUUGCUCAUUUAUUACAAAUAAAAAACUAAAAUAUCACAUUUCCAUAAGUAUUCAGAACCUUUACUCAGUACUCAGUACCAUUUGCUCAGUACGUCCUCCAGACGUGACUCUUGGCAUUCAGGCCAAAGAGUUCAAUCUUGGUUUCAUCAGACCAGAGAAUCUUUUUUCUCAUGGUCUGAGAGUCCUUUAGGUGCCUUUUGGCAAACUCCAAGCGGGCUGUCAUGUGCAAUUUACUGAGGAGUGACUUUUUGGGGGGGGGGAAAAAGUCAAGGGAACUGAAUAUUUUCUGAAUGCACUGUAUUUCAUUUUUAUCUUGAGUAAUCAUCUGUUUUAUGUAACCAUACAAAACUUAACAUAUCAUACUAAUUUGAGUGUCCCAGAUUUUCAUUUACAAUGUUAAGUCUAGUCUAUGAGACCAGGCUGGGUAUGGACUUAAAGACUACAAGUAAGGACUGCAGAACCAAUCUGCAAAUAUGAACCACAAACAUCGCCUGGAAAAAGACUUAAAAUGUGGAAAUGCUACUACAGACAUGGCGCUUCAGCCAAAAUUAAUGUAACGCUUAACUAUGUAUCCAUGUUUGUACCGCUAUAAUAAUCUGUACUAUGCCUUUACAAACUAUAAUGGAAUAAAACACUUUAUGUAUUUUAAUAUUGAUCCAUAUCAUCAGGUUGCCAACUUGGUCUGAACUCAUUCCGGGAGAUAAAAAUGAUUCAACAUUG